AAUAAAAUUAAGUCUAAUGAUAAAGACGAUUGAUAACUGACCAGUAGAGGCGCAUUCCUCGCUUGGAAGGAAGUUUGGCACCAUGUACGCAAUAGGUCUAGUUUUGGUGUUAGUAGCUACAAUCAACGCUGGGAAACAUGACCAGUAUUCAGGCUACUCAGUGCACGGGGUCAAGCUGCGAGACGACUCAGACAAGGUCUUCAUCACGGAGUUGACCGACAGUCUGGACUUGGACGUGUGGCAAGAUGGCGUUGCUGGAGCGCGGGAUGCUUUGGUUAUGCUGGACCCGAACAGCAGGCUUGCUGUUCUGGACGAACUGGACGCGCGAGGGAUCCAGCAUUAUUUGCAUUUACGGGACGUUGCUCAGGCUUUCGAGACUCACGAUGAACAGAUCAAUCAGUGGAAACAGAGCAGGAGUGGCAGGCUGGUGCCUUUCAACGACUACCCCCGCUAUGCAGAGGUAGAUGCAUACCUGGAGACGAUAGCUGCCCAAUACCCAGAGCUGGUCACUCUCGUGAACGCCGGACAAAGUUAUGAAGGGCGGGACAUCAAAUACUUAAAGAUUUCGACCACUAACUUCACCGACACGUCCAAGCCUAUCUACUUCAUGGACGCCAUGAUCCACGCUCGGGAGUGGGUGACCACCCCGACAGCUCUCUUCUCCAUUCACCGCCUGGUGGAGGACCUGAGAGAUCAGGACAGAGACUUGCUGGAGGACAUCGACUGGAUCAUCUUGCCCAUCACCAACCCCGAUGGAUACGAGUUUUCGCAUGAUGAUACUAGACUUUGGCGGCGCACACGCUCCAUCAAUUUGGAAGUUAGCGACACUUGCUUUGGCGUGGACGGGAACCGCAACUUCGACGUCAAUUGGAAUACGACUGGGGUCAGCCAAGACCCCUGUUCUCAAACGUACCCAGGCACCUCGGCCUUCUCCGAGCCCGAGACGAGGAUCCUCCGAGACAUCUUCGACGAGUACAUCGACCGCAUGGAGAUCUUCAUGAACAUCCACAGCCAUGGCAACUGGGUGCUGUACGGCUUUGGCAACGAGACGCUGCCUCCUAACGCCAUCCACCUGCACCUGGUGGGCGCAGCGAUGGGAGCCGCCAUGGAUGCCAUGAAGCUGCCAGAAGCAGACUGGUACAAAGUCGGGAACAGUGCCAUGAUUUUGUAUGGGACGUCUGGGAGUGCGCAGGAUUAUGGACAGCUGGUGGGCGUCCCUCUCUCAUACACCCUCGAGCUGCCGAGCUACGGGUUCGACUUCCGCGUGCCCCCAGAGUACAUCGAGCACAUAAACCGCGAGACGUGGGAAGGCAUCGCGGUCACCGCGCGGCUGGCCAGGACCACCUUCAGAGCUCGCCAGUAGAGGAAUAAAACGACCGUAGUCAUAAGUCUUCAGUCUUAGGCUAUUUUUCCACCAAAGUGCGGGAAAACUAUGAGGUUCUAGAAUGCGUAAAAUGUGGAUAUUUAGCUCGCUAAGCCGCCUACACAUUACUUCUUUGCUACACAUUAUUUGAUUGAUUUGAUUGACGCGACAUCAGGUACGAUUGCGGUCUACCUGCCUUGCUCUGCAUAAAAAAAACUAUUUAUAUCUCAUUUCAUAACAGCGAAAUGUUUGAUGGAAACCUAAUAAAUAAAUACGGCAUUUUUUACUAA